GCCAUCCAUCCCCCCCCACCGCCACAAAACAAAAAUUUGGAUGCACCACGCGUGGUUCCUCCGGGGCCCGGCACACCCCCCUUAUAAUCCGUAAAAAAUAAAACCGGGGCCCCCCCCCCCCCCCCUGUAUUGUAACUGUUUCAUCUUUAUUACAGUAUGCAAUUAAUUCACAAAUUGAAUAGCGUGGUUAUGAUCCGAAUGAAUCGAAAAUUAUCUUAAAAGCACGAGAGGGUAAAAGCUAUAUUCGAACGGAAGACAUUCUUGAAGCACUAAGACGUGAGGGUGAAUCGAUUGCACUGGUAUUAAUACGAGGUAUUCAUUAUUAUACCGGGCAAUUAUUCGACAUUGAAACAAUUACGCGUGGUGCACAUGAACAAUAUCUGAAUAGUGGAGCAGGAUGCAUUGGUGGUUUAUUUAUUCACUCAAAUCAUUUUCAAAGUAACUUAUUCAAAUUGAAUGGGUGGUGGGGAAAUCGUGAUUUCACCAGCUUCGUUAUGGGUGAUGUUACAGCUGGUGGUGGUUUCGGCCUUCCUUCGGUUCCGUCCGUCAGCCGACUUACCAACAUUUGUCAAAAAUUUGAAACACAUGCUAUCGUCAAAAACAGAAAAAUCGACGAAAAAGAGCGGUUUCAGAGUAUCAAUCCACAUUAA